AUGCAACAUGACAACCCGCACAACAACAAAUUAAUUGAUUUGCGUAUUUCUUUAAAUUUUCCUGGUUUUAAUCCCAUUAAUUCUAUUCUCUGAUAAUUAAACUGAUUUCUCAUGAUAUAUAAAUUUAUAUCAGCACAGUUUUUAGGAGUAAUAUUGUGUUAAUGCUUCGCAAACAUAUUAGUAAGUUGGGAUUGUGUUGCCGCUCCGUUUAUCCUAUAAAACCGAUUGUACCUCAAAUAAAUUACACUGCAAGUGCUACGACAUUAAAGAAUAUGGAAGCUGUGAAAAGCAUGAAGGAUUUGGGUUAUGCAUUCAACAGUGAUGGGCAAUUAAGAAAAAUAGGUCCUGAUGGCAAACCUAGUGAGGAGCCGUUUCAGUUUAACAUCAGUGAUCAACAUCAAGAGUGUCAGGCUCACUAUGAGGAGUUGGGUAGUGCCAUCACUGAGCACAUAUACAGCCUCCUUGAAACCAAAUAUAAUCUAGUUAGAUUGCCUGUGCCCGUGGGCUCCACGCCGGCGACGGGCACCUUUAUAUUUGCAUCCAAAGACUACAACCAUAAGGAUGUGCUCCUUGUUCUAAUUAAUGGAUCAGGAGCAGUCAGAGCUGGGCAAUGGGCUAGAUCGCUAAUCAUCAACGAAAACCUAGAACAAGGAACUCAGAUCCCUUACAUUGAAAGAGCUAUUGCCAAAGGCUAUGGAGUUAUGAUUCUGAAUACCAAUGAUAAUUACCAAGCAGAUGGGAAGAAGAUACCACAUAGCAGCAGUGCUGAAGAGCAUGCUUACUAUGUGUGGGAGACAUACAUAUCUAAAGCCAAAGCAACUUCUGUAGUCAUUGUAGCACACAGCUACGGAGGAGUGGUGACAGUCAGUCUAGCAGACCAGUUGAAAAGUGAAUUUGAGAAGAGAGUCAAAGCCAUAGCAUUUACAGAUUCUGUUCAUGCAUUCUCUCCAAUAAAAAUGCCCACAUUUAUGAAGGAGAUAACAAGAAACUGGAUUUCCUCAUCUGCACCACUGGACACACCUAUGAAAACUCCUGAAUUUGAUUGCCCUAGGGUGUCUGCUGGUCACCCAAGACAUGAGAUGUCCUCAUGCUCAUGCAUCGAAUCCGCCUUUAUAUUUGUUGAAGAGAAACUUACAAAUAAGUAGUUAUUUACAAGCACAAUGUACACUGUUAUUUACUGUAGGGUUGAAUGAUACGAAUCACUGAAUGUAUAGUUGUUUUUAAUAAUAAGACAAUAGAUUCUAUUUUACAAUAAUAAA